ACAUUCAUCGUCCACCACUCCCCCAACCUCUCUACUUUUUACCUUCUUCUCUCUCUCUCUCUCUAAAACUCGUUCUUCCCUUUCUCUCUCUAGAAAUCUACCGCUGAGUUUGAUAGUUUGAUUGUGAAGAUGGUGAGGAACGAUUUGUACAUAUCAGUGCCUAGUUAUUUUAGGUGCCCGAUUUCUCUUGAUGUGAUGAAAUCCCCUGUCAGUCUGUGCACGGGUGUGACGUAUGACCGAACUAGCAUCCAGCGGUGGUUGGAUGGUGGUAACAACACCUGUCCCGCCACCAUGCAAGUGCUUCAGACCAAAGAACUUGUCCCCAACUAUACUCUACAACGUCUUAUCAAGAUCUGGACUGAGUCUGACUCGGUCCGAACUCGGCCUGUAAACGUACAGCCAACACAUCAACCCAGCUCGCUCACUGAAGACCAGGUUCGUCAACUCAUCAACCAACUUGAAAAUGAGCUUCAGAAGAUCGUUAAGGAUUCUAGUUUCCAAGUCCAUACAAUCCCGUCCAGAAUUUCGAGGCUGAUUUUAUACGCAAAGGAAGUGGAAGAAAACGGCAAGUUCUUAGCCUCAGCUGGCGCUAGGCUUUUACCAUUGCUUAUUGCAGCUCUGGGCAAUAAACAAUUGGUGAAAGAUCUUGAGGUUUUGGAGAAAUUUGUUCAGUUUUGUAAUAUAAUCUUACAACAGCCAGUAAAAACUGAUUCAGCAGAACGACUAUCAAAUUCCCCGUCGACUUCGAAAAUUGAUAGUGGGAAAGAUUUCAAAUCUUCAAUGAUUAUGGGACUUUCACAAGGGAGAUCAGGGUUAAGAAUCGCAAUUGCCAAACUUCUCGAAAUCACAUCCAAUUUGUAUUUGGAAGUGAAAAUUUUGAUAUCAGAAGAUGAUCAAAUAUACUCAGAGCUACUAAGAUUAAUAUCCAGUUUGGAUUAUAAUCCAGAUGCCAUGGAUUCUUCACUGUCCUGUUUAAUCUGUCUAGCAUUGGCAAAGCAAAACCGGGCUAAAAUUGUGCGCAAUGGCGGCGUAGGAGUGUUGGCAAAAGCUCUAUCGGAAUCAGAAUUGAGCGUUCCAUCCACGGAAAAAUUGCUUAAACUCCUUGAAAUGGUGUCGACUUGUAAAGAAGGGAGAGUGGAGAUUUGUAGGAAUGAAAUUUGUGUAGAGGCAAUCGUGAAGAAGGUUUUGAAAGUAUCGAACGUGGCAACUGAGCACGCAGUGACAAUAUUGUGGAGUUUGUGUUGCUUAUUUGGGGAUAAAAAGGCACAAGAAUGUGUAACAAAGAGCAAUGGAAUGGCCAAGAUUUUGGUGCUUAUGCAGAGCAAUUGUUCGGGUGCAGUUAGGCAAAUGUCGAGCGAUUUGCUUAAGAUUUUUCGAUACAAAUCCAAAUCUUGUUUUCUUUCUUGUUACGAUACUAAGACUACUCAUAUCAUGCCAUUUUGACGGCGCCGGCGGUGAAUUUGUAUGUUGGAAAAGAAUACAUAAGCAUUAGCUCUUCCUGAAAAUGAAAGAGUAUCAAUUGCUACUGUUAUGACUUCACUCCUGUCUAGUCUUGCCUUGGCCAUACCCCUCCAUUUGUAAUUUGGAAAGAACGAAAGCAGCAAUUUUGUUGACUGGAAAAAGAUAGGAUCAUUUGAUUUUUGUAUAUGAUUUGAUUGAUUAUAAGCAAGGCCUUUUGAUUUGAUGUC